GCAUCGUCACCCGGAGGUGGAUGACCCCAUGAGCGCGGAGGUCGACGAGGAGUCGUUGGUCCUGUCGUCCGGAGGGUUGCCGCAUGGCCGUCUCGCCAUGCUGAACAAGGCCGUCAAGCAUACCCUCACCACGACCUUCACGCGUCUCAAGGCGGGACUCACCAAGGACAGCCCCCCUCUCCCGCCUCGUCGCCGGGCUCGGCAACAACCCGCAUACGACCCUGACUUCGAGGCGGCCUACGUGGCCGCUCAUCAAGAAUAUCAGGUGGCCUUCAACCAGCACCAGCAGCAGUUCAUGGAGUACAUGGCAUAUAUACAUGUAAGUUCCAACCUUUGUUUUCGCAAAUGAUGACAAGUCCCACUUUCCCCUAGUUUGAUGCUUCAUUUCUGCAAAGACUGACAUGUAAACUAUCUUGCAGGCGUCGU